AUGGCGGCCAGCAGGAGGCUGAUGAAAGACAACCCUCCAAAUGAUAAGGGGACCUUCGGAAUUGAAAUCAACUUUCCAGCAGAGUAUCCAUUCAAACCACCCAAGAUCUCAAUUAGAACAAAGGUCUACCACCCUCACACCAAUGAGAAGUGGCAGGUAUGUCUGACAGUAAUUAGUGCUAAAAACUGGAAGCCACCCAUCAAGAGUGACCCUCACAGCACUGGGAACAACUCACAGACCAACCACCCAUUCUGGGCUGUCCUAGCUGAAGAAUAUUCUAAGGAUCAUAAAAAAAAAAUUCUGUAA